AUGUAUCUUACUCAAUUUUUGAUUAAGACAAAAGUGUACUUCAACGGAGCUUCACCUCCCGUAAAGUUUCGACUUCCGGAUGGCACAACAUCUCUCGUCGGUCUAACGUCCAAGUUGAAUGAAUUGUUGGCCGAUACUGAAAACAGAAAAGUGAGAAAGAUCGAGUUUUGUGAAGAUUGGAUUGAUAUUGACGGGAGGGUGAAAUGCAACCUUAUUGAGUUGAAGACGAAUGAAGAUAUGAAGGAUAUGUGGAGAUCAUUUCGAUGUAGGAUAACAAAGGGAUCGAUCGAGUUAGAUGCUAAGAUUUCAAGGUUUGUCGACGACAUAAUGAAGAUGAUGAAACGUCUAGAAUCAUUUGGUAGUGCCUAG